AUGCAAGCAAUGCAAACAAUGGCUAAUACAACGCAAAUUACAGACGGGUUAAUUUUGUAUUUGGUCGUAUCAAAAUUGGAUCACAACACGCAAAUGAAAUGGGAGGAGGAAGUAGCAGAAAAAUGGGAUCGAGCAGCACAGUCACAAGUUCUACGAAUGCCAACAUGGGAGGAUUUGGUAAAAUUUUUGCAGCGUCGAUGCCAACUCAUCGACAUCGUUGAUGUCAGUAAGGAUCCACCGAAGUCGCUCAGUGGUACCGCACGUCAAGCAUCAUCCUCGUCGUCUGCGGCGCCAAAGCCUCACAAAACUACAAAACAAUUGUCGUUUGUCGCUACACACCAACAACAAAAAUGCAACCUGUGCGAUGAAGCUAUAAGUCACAACGCGUUCAACUGCACGGCCUUCAUGAUACUUACGUCUAGUUCGCGAGUGGCAGUCAUUUUGCGAGCAAUAACCCCUAGUCGAAAAUGUCAGGGUGACCAGAUGCAAGCACCAAGGCGUACGGAGCCUGCAUAUAAGUUGUGGUUCCAUUGUCCAAAUUUCAUUGUACUUCCAAAUCAGCAAUGGCCACAAGUUGCAGUUAGCCCAAAUGAAUUGCCAGAACAACGCAAGCAGCCAACGGCGUUAGUAGUAACGCCUAAUACAGACAUCAUCACCGAGCUUAAAUUUGUCAACAAUUACAACAAAGUUCUUCGAAUAUUUUGCUAUGUACAACGAUUCAUCGAUGCAAGUCGCGGUAAAAGUAAGCGUCACGACAAUAUCAACGUAGCAGAAAUGAACAACGCACUAUACACCAUUUGUCGCAUUAUUCAAGGCCAAACAUUUCCCGACGAACGAAAGCAACUUGAAGCCAGUAACAUAUUAUCGCGCAAGUCAUCGUUGGCACAAUUGUCACCUUUCCUUCAUGACGGUCUCAUUAGAGUCGGUGGCCGCCUCGUCAACUCAACCCUUCCAUUCGAGGAAAACAUCCUAUCUUGCUUCCAAAAACGCAUCCCUUCGUUUCAACAACCAUACUCCACCUUCAUCGACAGCACCUUCAUGCUGGAAAUCAGGCAUUACACAGCAUUGUACGAGAAAGAUUUUGGAUUGUUAACGCACGAAACACCAUCCGGCAGCUCCAAGGCCGUCCAUCUCGAGUUGGUGCCCGAUCUCACAUCAGCAGCAUUUAUUGCCGCUUUGAAGCAUUUUAUCGCUCGUCGUGGAAGGUGUCGGGUUAUCUACUCGGAUAACGCAACGAAUUAUGUUGGCGCCAAUCGCGAGCUUCUUCAACAAUUCAUGUCACAACAGCAUAACGAUGAAGUGCAACAGGCUUGCUGUGCAGAAGGCAUCGAGUGGAAGUGUAUACCACCCCGCUCUCCUCACUUCGGUGGCCUGUGGGAGAGCGCAGUGAAGCAACCCAAACAUUAUCUGCGCCGAGCCAUCGGGGCUCAUAUUCUAACGCAAGAUGAGUUGCGUACAUUUGUUGCCAGGCAGAAGCGAUUACAAAUAGCCUACCACCAACGCCCAUAA